CCAACCCCGCCCGCGAGGCUCUACAGAGAGCCAGCUCGGCAGAGGACCCUGCUCUCUCUUCCCCACGUCCUCUACUACCCACGUGAGUUGCUGUCGCUAGAGUUGCUGCUGUGCGACUAGAGCGAAGGCUGUCAAACUACGUCACCAUGCCGCGGGCUUGUCGAAGUUUGCUAUGAGCUCAUUCGUGUAUGAGCCCCUGAGCGGGCCGCAGCAAAGCAUCCGCGUGGUGAGGAUUGCCCCUUACAACAGCUUCGGUCGCGGGCCAGUUGUUUGCCAGCUUGAGCAAACAAGAUGGGAUACUUGCGAGUACGAGGCCCUGAGCUACUGCUGGGGCAAGAAAAAUGAACAUGCAAUCAUCCGACUGGGCGAAGAGCCGUUCAAGGUCACCAAAGACUUGGCCGCCGCACUCGCGCAGCUUUGUCUCCCAGACCGAGCCAGAACUCUUUGGAUUGACGCGAUCUGCAUCAAUCAAUCUGACCCAGAUGAGAGGAGUGUGCAAGUAAGCAUGAUGGGCAGCAUAUAUCGUGCUGCUAAACGCGUUCUUGUUUGGGUCGGGUCUGCGAGGAACGACACAAAACUUGCCUUUACGCAACUCGAUAGGCUAGCCGCCGCCAUUUCCGCCACGUCCGAUGCAGUUGAGACGAUCUGGGAGGAGAAGGGGAUGGGUUCAUGGAUCGACUGUCUUAACGAUCUGAUCCAACGGCCUUACUGGAAUCGUGCGUGGACGGUACAGGAGGUAGUCCUGGCACGAGAUGCUGUGCUCUAUUGUGGACCGCACACCACGUGCUUCUUCGACUUGGCCAGAGUCCUUGUUCAUCCGACAGCCCCUAAACAUUUGAACGUCACGUACGGCCUGUAUAGUUACCUGAAGCAGACGUUUGCUUUGCGGUCGCAACUGUCACGGGACCCUGCACUUGGCCUUUUUGCGUUGGCGUACUCCUUCCGACAUCGCCUUGUCAGCGAGCCACGCGACAAGGUCUAUGCAUUCAUCGGCCUCUUGAAGUCGCCAGUGUCUGUGCCGACGGGUGCCUUUACCGUGGACUACCGCCAAGACAAGCAGGCUCUGUGGAGGGCCCUGUCCAAGGAGACCAUGGCUCGCCACCGGACACUCCUUCCGCUCGCGAUUGCAGAGCGGGCCAAGACCUUGGAUGCCAGCUGGUGCUACGACUGGUCAGCACGACCGCACGACCCAAAUCAUUUCCAGGAACAAGGCCAGCUUUUCUGGGCAGGAGGAUUGGAUGACCCGCGUUACUAUCCGCUACAGACCACCCGGUUCUCGGCUGCCGACGGACUCGAGGCGCGGAUCAGAAUCGAUAUGGAAGCAUCGAGUGUGAUUGCUGUUGAGGGAUUUACACAUGGUGUGGUGGCCGCCGUUGGCGAUAGUGUGAGUUCUUGGACGAUUUCCAUGGGCCGACCGAACUAUGUGCAGCUGUUCAAGAAAUGGGAGAGAAUGGUUGGCGGGCCAUGGGAGGAGACAGAAGAGGACAUGGCACGCAAGUUCGCAUUGACUAUCACUGGCAGUGCAUGGACCGAGGGGCCGUUGGAUUGGAGGGCUUGGAAUACUAGGGACUAUGCUCAGCGACCUUGGGAUUGGCGUUACAUUGUAGACCCCGACGGAAUCACAAAAACUGCAGAGAGCGGUGCAGGCUACAGGCCGAGUAGGCACCUCGACGACGAGCAAACGGACAAGGCGAUACAAUACGCCAAGGUACGAGAUGACGCGUGUGAGGGAAGGAGGAUGUUCCUCCUCGGUAAUGACAAGGGGUUUGGCCUGGGCCCAGAGGAUGUGGAGGUUGGUGACAGUGUCGCGAUUCUGCCGGGCUGCGAUGUGCCACUCGUUCUUCGGAGAAGAAAUUGGAAACGUUGGAGGCGAAUCUAUGACACGGAAGGCAAAGCUAAGCUGUACGGAAGCACUUGGAAGGUGCUUGGGCAAGCAUAUAUCCACGACAUCAUGCACUAUCAUGGUGAUUUGGCCAUGGACAUUGAGAGAGGGGAGGUAAAGCUCGAAGAGUUUCUCAUUGACUGAAAGACCAACAAAACCUAGAG